GCCCGCGCCGCGGAGGACGAGAAGGGCCGGCUGCAGGAGCUGCGCGUGGAGCUGGAGGUGAAGCAGCGCGAGCUCGACGAGCUGUCCGCCAAGCACGCGAAGGGGGAGAGCUUCGCCGCCGGCGCGGCCAAGAGGGCCGCCAAGAAGGCCGCGGCCAAGAUGGCCACCGACGCCGAGCAGUCCCAGGACGCGCAGGCCGAGGUGGACGACAAGGUGCAGGACCUGCAGGCGCAGCUGGAGGCGGAGGAGCAGAGGCUCAAGUUCCAGCAGAGGCAGCGCAAGAUCGAGGCCGAGCUCUUCGCCAAGCAGCGCGAGCUCGCGGAGGCCACCGAGGCCCAGCGGGCCAGGGCGCAGGCCGCCGCGGAGGCGGUCCGCGCCGCGGAGGAGAUGGCGCGGGCCGAGCUGGAGCAGGCCCGGGCCGCGGAGGCCGCGGCGGCCGCGCAGGAGCGGGCGCGGCAGCUGCAGGCUCAGGCGGAGGCCAAGCAGCACAUGAUGAAGGAGCUGGCGAAGAAGCCCGGCUGCUACGUGCGCAUCCCCUCGGGGUGCCCGAACAAGCCCAUGAGGACCGAUAAGUGGAGGAUGGACACGUGGGCGGAGAAGAACGGCGUCGGCAGGGAGGGGUGCGAGCGACGCAAGGGCACCUGGGACACGUACUGCGGCUCGCAGGACGACGCGGAGAUGAUCUUCGCAGAGGCUGGGGAAGGCGUCGUGAACUAG